GUUUUCUUUACGAAGAAAAAAGGGGUUUUUUUUCGAGGUUUAGGGUUUGGAUUUCGGUGAAUGAGCAGAGGGAAGAAUGGAGGCAGAGGUGAUACAAUCAGAGAUAGUGUUGCCGACUCACUUGAAUUUCAAGAAGAUACAGAUGUAUGAAAAGUACCCAAAAGGGCAAUCGAGGGGCAGACACUGGAAACACCUCAAGCAGAUACUUCAAGCUGAAAAUUAUCAGAAUUAUCCCCCUGAUGAACCCAACUGUGAGUUUUGAUUUUUUUUUUCAUUUUUAGCUGUAAAGAUUUGAUUUGGUUAUUAGGAUUUAUUGAAGUGGCAUGGCUAAAAGAACUGAAUUUAUAUUCCACCCAGUUAAGAAUACAUUGACUGGUAUGACAGGGUGCUGAUAUCUGCUGUUUUUGGGUGUUUGUGAACAUGAUCAAGUGGGAGGUUUUGCAGCAUGGCUGACUGAGUUUAGAAUUUAGAUCAAGGAUAAACUGAAAUCUUGAGCUACUAUGGCGGAGAAAAAUAAUGCUUGCUGGUAUGCCUGAUAAAACAUUAGCUACACCUGCCAUGACCGUUGGUGUGAUUAGGUUUGAGAUGGGUACCCUAUUGUGCAGCUUUGUCUUUUGGUAACUUGAAUAAGAUAAAAUGUACCCCCUUCUAUCUUUCUAAGGAUGUCAGCUGCAUUGGUUCAGUAGACCAAUUGCUAGUUUAGAAUUCCUUAUUCUUUGUACUUUGGUUGCUUGGUAGAGAGCUGGUUAUGACAAAGUACUGGUAAUAUAAGCUUUUGUGUUUUGGGUUGAAUGGAUUGAUUGGAAGCUGAAUGUUAAUAUAGAUAGAUGUUGCCUGAACCUGCUAAAUUGCAUGGUAUUAAGCAGUUAAACAUAAAUUUGAAAAGUAUGUUGGAUAUCAAUGGUUGAAAACUGUUUACCACCUAAGUUUAAUGAAUACUUAUGAAUUUGUGUGCGUGUUGCUAAAUCAGUGUUAGUAUUCUAAUUGGAAAGACGAGUACAUACCCAUGUAUAUGUUUUAUCAAUCCAGAGGACCAGACUCAAGUUAUAUUAUUGGCCAAAGAAGAAAAAAAAGAAAAAAGAAAAAGAGAAGUUAUAUUAACUGCACCAUGUUCUGGAGCUGUAAGAUUUAAGCUCUUGUUCUUUAUAUUAUCUCUUGCAAAGUAAUCAAAAUCA